GGCACUCACCCGGGGCACCCACCCGGGGCAUUCACUCAGGGCACCACAGGCACUCUGUGGCACCCACCCGGGGCACUCACCCUGGGCACCCACCUGGGCACUCACCCAGGGCACCACCAGGGCACUCACCAGGGUAUCCAGGGGUACCCACCAGGGGCACCACCCAGGGCACUCACCCAGGGCACCCACCAGAGCACUCACCCGGGGCACCCACCAGGGCACCACCCGGGGGCACUCAUCAGGGGCACCCACCAGGGGCACCCACAGGCAUCACCCAGGGCACUCACCGAGGCACCCACCAGGGUCACCCAUCAGGGCACUCACCGGGGCACCUACCGAGGCACCCACCGAGGCACCCACCGGAACAUUCACCGUGUCACCCAACAGGGUACUCACAUGGAACCCACCAGAGUGCUCACCCGUGGCACCCACCAGGGGCACUCACCCGUGUCACCCACCAGGGGUGCUCACCUGGUGUCACCCACUAGGGGGGUACUCACCCGUGUCAUCCACCAGGGGUACUCACCCGUGGCACCCACCAGGGGUUCUCACCCGUGUCACCCACCAGAGGUACUCACCGUGUCACCCACCAGGGUACUCACCGUGUCACCCACCAGGGGUCUCACCUGUGUCACCCACCAGGUACUCAUCCGUGUCAUCCGCCAGAGUACUCACCCGUGGCACCCACCAGGGUACUCACCCGUGUCACCCACCAGGGGUACUCAUCCGUGUCAUCCGCCAGGGGUACUCAUCCGUGGCACCCACCAGGUGUACUCACCGUGUCACCCACCAGGUGUGCUCACCCGUCACCCACCGGUACUCACCUGUUUCACCUACCAGAACACUCACCUGUGUCAUCCACCAGGGUACUCACCCGUGUCAUCCACCAGGGUUACUCACCCGUGGCACCCACAGGGGUUCUCACCCGUGUCACCCACCAGGGUUCUCACCCGUGUCACCCACCAGUGUGCUCACCCGUGGCACCCACCAGGUGUGCUCACCCGUGUCACCACCAGGGGUACUCACCCGUGGCACCCACCAGGUGUGCUCACCCGUGUCACCCACCAGGGGUACUCACCUGUUUCACCUACCAGGAACACUCCCUGUGUCCUCCACCAGGGUACUCACCCGUGUCAUCCACCAGGGGUGCUCACCCGUGGCACCACCAGGUGUACUCACCCGUGUCACCCACAGGGGGUACUCACCUGUUUCACCUACCAGGAACACUCACCUGUGUCAUCCACCAGGGUACUCACCGUGUCAUCCACCAGGGGUACUCACCCGUGGCACCACCAGGGGUACUCACCCGUGGCACCCACCAGGGGUACUCACCCGUGUCACCAACCUGGGUCGCAGGACACACCAGGACACCGGUAG